AUGUAUAUCAAUCGACUACCUUAUGAAUUUCUCUUACUUAUCUUAAUAUGCAAUGUUUUUAUGACACAAUCUGAAGAAAUUCCAUAUGAUACAAUAGUUUCUUUUGGUGAUUCAAAUUCCGAUACUGGAAAUGUUUAUAAUUUAACAGGUUUUAAAUGGCCUGUUGUUCCACCUUAUUAUAAUGGUCGAUUUUCUAAUGGAAAAAUUUGGAUAGAAAAAUUAGGCAUAUCUAAUCUUAUUAAUUAUGCAUAUGGAAGUGCUACUACUGAUAAUGAUUUAAUACCAGGUUUUACAGCAUUUAGUAUCAAAGUACCAGGUGUUCGUCAACAGAUAAAUACAUAUAAAACUGUUACGGAUCUAAGUAAGAUUAAUUUUGAUCGAACAAUAUAUAUAAUUUGGGCUGGUGGAAAUGAUUAUUUUUUUAAUAUGAGUUUAUUUUCAUCGAUUGUUGUUAAAAGUUUAAUCAAUGGAAUAAAUGAUUUAAUUCAAAUAGGUGUUAAACAUUUUUUUAUUGGUAAUCUACCACCUCUUCAAGCAUAUCCAGCAGCUUUUGCUUUAAAUAUACCUGAUUAUUUAAAUAAACUUACACUUGAACAUAAUAAUAAUCUAUCAAAUUCAAUUCAAUUACUUCAAUCGAAUUAUUUGAAUAUAUCAUUUAAAUUAUUUGAUGUUUAUUCACUCAUUACAAAUGUUCGUAUGAACGGUUCAACAUAUGGAAUUAAUAGUACGACUAAUUGUUGGGAUACAUCAAAUAAUACUAUUAUUCAAUUAUGUUCAACUCCUGAUACUUAUCUAUUUAUUGAUGAAUAUCAUUUUACUACUCGUAUACAUCAAUUAAUUGCUGAUUAUGCACGAUCAUUACUUAUAACUUCAAAUGGAGUUAAAAAAGCUCCUCAAUAUAUUUUUUAUAUUUUAUCUUUUUUUAUAGCAUUAUAUAUUUGA